AUGGGCGGGGCAGAAUGGUCUCCAAAAGGCCAAUCCAUUCGGGAUCGGAUCACCUUGUGGCGCCUUCUCCUCAAGGGCCAACGUAAGUGCCGUGUGAGCUCCAGGAAGGUUCGCCGCCUGCUGCUCAAGACAAAGGAGCCCUUGGCCUGGAAGUUGACCACAGCCGAACUUGAGUCCCAUCUCACCCAAGACCUUGGUCAAUAUAGAGACGCCAAGAGGGGCCUCACUUCUAAAUGGCGGAAGGCCCAUGUCACUACUCGCACCCAGAGCAUUGCUAAAGUCCGUCGUAAGACGGCAAGCCAACAAGAACGAUAUCACCGCUUGCGGUCCAUGAAGCAACGCGAGGAGACUCGUUGGAGACGCAAGGCUCGUUCCUCCGGUUUAUCUGGCGGUCUCAGGGCCAUUCAAGUCGACCAGGAGGACAGCUCUGGCAAUCGUCGGUUACAGAAAAUUACUGACCCAGCGUCGGUCAAAGAUGGAUGCAUGCAAGAAAAUGGGGCCCGGUAUCAACAAACCCAGACCCCGCACUCCACUCCUCCCAUGUCUGAGCCACUCUACACUAUGUUUACGGGCCCUGACGCGGACAACAACCAACAACUCCUUCUGGAAGGCAAACUCCCCAUCCCUGGUGGCCUGGCUUAUUCUACCCAGGCCUUCCUUCGCCACUGUUGA